AUGGCCACAACAACGGCAACCUCCACAGCGACAGAUCCCCCCUCUACAAUGCGCGCCUGGCAAUGGAGCACCUGCACCACCACCCUCGAAGACGCACUCACACUGAACACCUCAGCACCACUUCCAAGUCGACCAUUGGGCCCAGGGGAAUAUCUCAUUAAAGUCCACGCCGCCUCCCUGAACCCUGUGGACUACAAGCUCGCCGAGCUCCCCAUCGUGGGCCGCAUGGCCAUCCCCAAACCCGCCACCCCCGGGCUGGACUACUCCGGUGUCGUCGCCAAAACUGGCCCUGCAUCAUCCUUUAAAGUUGGGCAACGUGUCUUCGGCAAACUGGAGCCCAAACAACAAUACGGCACGCUGGGCGAGUACAUCAUCGGCUCAGCCGCCGGAACCGUACCUUUACCCGACAGCGUGUCAUUCGAAGAGGGCGCGACGCUGGGCGUGUGCGGAUUAGUUACUUAUCAGUGCCUUGUUAAGAACGUCAAGAAGGGGGAUAGGGUGUUGGUUAACGGAGGGAGUGGUGGGACGGGGACAUUUGCAGUGCAGAUUGCGAAGGGGCUGGGGUGCGAGGUUGUUACGACGUGCUCUGGGGCGAAUGUGCAGUUGUGUAGGGAUUUGGGGGCGGAUGAGGUUAUUGAUUAUCGCGCGGAGAGUGUGACAAGUGUGCUGGAUAAGAGUGAGAAGAAAUUCGAUUUCAUCCUCGACAGCGUUGGCGAGCCGGUGGAACUGUACUGGAAAGCGCCGAAUUUCACCAAGCCUGGGGCAAAGUAUGUUCAGAUCGGGUCACAGGUCAGCCUCGGGUUCAUAUACGACCUGGCUUUCAGGUUUAUAGUGCCUACUUGGCUAGGAGGCGGUCAGAGGCCAUUCUCGUUUGCUUUUGCGUCGACGAAUUUCGAUGACUAUCAGGGUCUGGCAGAUCUGGUGGUGAAGGGCAAGAUCAAGCCGGUGAUCGAUGAGAUGUUCGAGCUUGAGAAUACGCCAGAGGCGUAUAGGAAGCUGAGAACAGGGCGAGCGAAGGGGAAGAUCGUUGUAAGAGUGGCAAAUAAGUCGUGA